ACCAACAAACAACGAUCUUCAAACGAUGGGAACAACAACAGCAACCAAGAAGAACGAACAAAGCUCGAGUACGCUGGUCAUCGGGACUAAUGACUCAAGCAUCGUCAGCAAGAGGAGCGCCGAAAGACUAGGCUACUUCCACCAAACUCAAUUCCUCAAACACUUUGUACUGAAGCCACAACGAAGAACCUCAUUGAUCAACAUCGGAUACACAAUCAGAACACUACUCAUCGAUCUACUCAUCAAGAGAUUCCUAGAGGCUGAUUCACCCGAUCUGACCAACCCAGAGGAACCUACUACUACUACUACUAGCACUCCGAUCGUCAUCGUCAACUUGGGAUGUGGCUACGACCCCGGUUUCUUCAAACUGGCCUCCAAUCAGAAUGGAAGUCUUCUCAAUGCGAACAGAUCGGUUCGCUAUAUCGAUGUGGAUUACCCGGAACUGAUCUCCAAAAAAUAUCAGAUGAUCUCCCGAUCCGAAGAACUCAGUAGCAUCCUACCCGGCUUCGAUAAAUCAAGAGUAGGAGACUGGAUUGAGCUAUCCAACCGGAAUGCUUCAUAUACCUUACUGGGUUGCGACCUAUGCGAUAGUCAUGGAUUUAUUAAUAAGCUGAUCGAAUCACUCGAUGGGAGUAAUAAUCAGCAGAUCCUAUUUAUAUCUGAAGUCUCAACGGUUUAUAUGCCCAGCGACAAGUCUGAUCAACUCAUCAAAAACCUCAGUCAAUCAUUCCCAAAUAUGAUCUGGAGUUGUCUGGAACAAGUUCUACCGUCCACUCCGACCGCUUUCUCUGAUACGAUGAUGAAACAUUUUCACAAGCUACGAACACCCAUCAGAGGUACCUUGGCUUAUCCGACCAUCUCAGAUCAGAUCAAGAGGCUGGGCAGUCAUUGGAAGAGAGUGGAAAUGUCGACGAUCCAUGAUCUCUGGAAGGCAUUCGAUCACAAUCAAUCAACACGCACCGAGAAAGAGAGACUGAUGAAUUUGGAAGCGUUCGAUGAGUGGGAAGAAUUAGACUUGUUUCUGUCUCACUAUCUCGUCGGAAUCGCCUACUCCAAACCAGGCCUGAUGGAAAGAACUACUCGACUUCAAGAUGACGGUACAAUGAGUCUACCGCAGCUUCGGGACCGAUCACCGACCACAACGGAUCACGCUCUUGGUUCACACGGCUCAGGCAGACACGGUCUACCGUGGAGCUACAGCUCAGUGGAAUCAUCCAUACAGAGGCGUGGACACACCUCAACCUUACUUCCAGAUGGGCAUCUGUUGGUGUUCGGUGGCUUCGGGCUUCCAAAUCCGAUCAAGAGCGUCGAUCAGAAACUCAAAUCCUCUCCAUCAGCACAUUCCAGACUAGCCCAUCCGAUUCUUCUCUCCCCUAGGGCCUCGUCAGUCCAAAUUACCCCACUGCCCAUCGAUCCCUCCACGCCAUCAGCUAGAUUGUAUCACACGGCUUCACCUCUCGUCAAUGGUGAUGAUCAGACCUCUUCCGUCUUCCUGUUUGGAGGAAGAUCCUCUCCUCGAGCUCCGUUGGCAGAUGCAUACGUCUUCAACUGUACAACAAAUACAUGGAACUCAGUCAAGCCGUCCGCAGCAGAGUCUUCCUGGCCCCCUCCUCGAUUCAGACAUACGGCGCUCACUCUGCAAAUCGGCAACUCUUCGUAUGUUCUGAUCCAUGGUGGGAUAGGUUCGGAAGGGGUGAUACUAAAGGAUACGUGGCUAUUUGAUCCUAAUCGGAAUCUCUGGAUUGCCUUGAAUGAUAUGGACAAGUUCAUUGGACCACGGCAUUCCCAUCAGAUCUACUAUGAUCCAUUUGAUCAGGAGCUAUACGUGUUUGGUGGAAUCACGGCUAUUUGCGAUGGGGAAGAAACAAGUCGACUCGGAAGGAAUGUCAAAUUCGGCCUAACUUUUGAGAAGGACUUGGUGGUCAAGCUUCGACCUGAUGGGCCAGAGCUGCUCGACUUCAAAUGUGAUGAUGCACUGCUCCAUCGCUAUUCCCAUCGAAUCGCCACAUGGGAUCAGCAGAAUAAAACGCUGCUCAUGAGUGGCGGGAUCUCUGAAAACGGGGUGAUCACCACAGAAAACCAAUACAUCCUUUUGAAUUUGAAAUCCAGAACAUCCCAUUUACUUCAGCUCCACCAGCAGAAAACUCAAACGAUGAUAGGCCACACAAUGACGAUCAUUGAUCUGUUCCAGAAAGGCGGAAAUCAGCCUGGUUUGAAAGCAGCACUCGUGAUAGGAGGGGGCGCCACAUGUUUUUCAUUUGGAAGCAGUUUUGAUAUAUCCAUCCAGAUCAUUUCUGAUUCGGAUCUGAGUCUGGUCGAAGAUACUGAAUCGAUUGAAAACAAUCGUGGCGAAUUGAAGCGAAAGUGUAAUGGGACGUUUGAUGACUCGGCUGAAGAUACUUGGGACAAAGCUCAAGAACUGCCUCGGAUCGACAAACUGACGAGUCGAAGCUGGAUGGAUAUCGUUUCGGCUGCUAAGCCUGUGGUCUUUGAUAGCCGAGAGGAGAUUGGAGAGUGUGUCGGAAGGUGGACAGCAGACUAUCUCAAGCUGAAAUGUGGAGAAAAGAAGUGCUCAGUUCAUCUCUCCAAUCCUCUCUCUUCCUCCACCCUAAAAUGGCACGACAAAAACUUCAAGUACGAGACGAUGAGCUUCAAGGAGCUGAUUGAUCGGACGAUCGGAGCCGGAAGGUCUGGCGUCGAGAGCAAUGAUCGUCAUCAGAUCGCUUACCUUCGCUCAUUAUCUCACUCUCCUAAACAUCCCUCGAAUUUCCAUACCGACUUCCUCGAAAUCUCUCAGGAUUUUAAGAUCCCUCCGGUCGUCAAUGAUUAUAUCGUUGAGCGCGAUGCGUUCUUUUCCAGUGUCCUUCGGAUUUCUGGGGCUGAUAUGGGUCUCUGGGCUCACUACGACACAUACGACAAUAUCCUUGUCCAAGUGAAUGGGAAGAAAUUGGUCAGACUUUGGCAUCCACGGGAGGUCGUUAAUCUGUAUAUCGAAGGCAGUUCAUCCCACAUUCCAUGUUUCGACCCGCCCGAUCUCGAUCGCUUUCCGCUUUAUCGCAAGUCACAUCCGAUGGUUUGUGUCUUAAACCCGGGAGAUGUCUUAUUUAUACCCGCGAAUUGGAUCCAUGCGGUCCAGACGAUCGAGCCGAGCAUUUCGAUCAACACGUUUUUCAAAACCGAUCGACUCGAACGGUUUUACGAGUCCAAGAAGAAGGACAUUUGGGGCAACCUCGAUCUGGCCCCAUACCACGAACUCCACGAGCGAGUGUUCAAAGAACUCUUGCUGGAUCCUCAUCUCCCAGAUCAUCAACAUCCCGCCCCGGGCUCUUCUCGCUUUAACCUCUUGCCCAUCGAUCAACGUCAAUUUUAUCUCAAGAAAAUCGCGGUCGAUUUGAUCAGACAUGCCGAUCAAUUGACCCAAUAGACUAAUUGUUUUUUUCUUUUACAUACAUGUCUCUCCAUUUCAGACGUCGUG